UGACAAACCCAAAACGCUCUCGGCGCUCCGAGGCCCCCCGUGUCUGAUUUCAGAACGGAGGGGCGUCCGUACUUCAUGUCCCUGCUGCGGUGCCGGCGGGUAUAAAGCAGACACGGCGCCUCCCGUCUAGCAUCCCUUAGACAGGACAAGAGCAAGACAACCAGGCAGGGCCCGCAGCACCACCAACCACCAUGAAGCUCACCCGCACGCUCCUCGGCCUGGCCAGCCUGGUGCUGGCCACCGCGCUGCCCAGCCCCUUCUCCCACACCACCACCACCACCUCCUCCUCCUCCUCCUCCUUCCCCAGCACCUCCGGCCUGGAAUUCACCAUCGACGGCACAACCGGCUACUUCGCCGGCACAAACUCCUACUGGAUCGGGUUCCUGACCGACAACGCCGACGUAGACAAAGUGAUGAGCGACCUGAAAUCCUCCGGCCUCAAGAUCCUCCGCGUCUGGGGCUUCAACGACGUGACCACGCAGCCCUCCGACGGCACGGUGUGGUUCCAGCUGCACGAGAACGGGAAAUCCACCAUCAACACCGGCGCCGACGGCCUCGAGCGUCUCGACUACGUCGUCUCGUCCGCCGAGCAGCACGACAUCAAGCUCAUCAUCAACUUCGUCAACUACUGGACCGACUACGGCGGCAUGUCCGCGUAUGUCAGUGCCUAUGGCGGGUCCACCGAGAACGAUUUCUAUAAUACCACCUCCAUCCAGACCGCGUAUCAGACAUAUAUCGAGGCUGUCGUUUCCCGGUAUAAGAACUCCUCCGCGGUGUUUGCCUGGGAGCUCGCGAAUGAGCCCCGUUGUCCUGGCUGUGAUACCUCCGUUGUUUAUGAUUGGGUCGAGAAGACCAGUAAGUAUAUUAAGGGUUUGGACGCCGAGCAUCUCGUUUGUAUUGGUGAUGAGGGCUUUGGCCUGGACAUCGACUCCGAUGGAAGCUUCCAGUACUUGUACGAUGAGGGAACAAACUUCACCGCAAACUUGGGUAUCGAGACCAUUGAUUUCGCCACUUUCCAUUUGUACCCGGAUAGCUGGGGCACCACCGACGCCUGGGGCAACGGCUGGAUCACCUCGCACGGCGCGGCCUGCGCGGCCGUCGGCAAGCCGUGUCUGCUGGAGGAGUACGGCGUGCCGUCCAACCACUGCAGCGUCGAGAGCCCGUGGCAGCAGACCGCCCUCAACACCACCGGCGUCACCGGCGACCUGUUCUGGCAGUAUGGCGAUACCCUGAGUACCGGGGAGUCGCCCGAUGAUGGGAACACCGUCUACUAUGGCACGAGUGAUUACACCUGCUUGGUGACGGACCACGUCGCGGCGAUUGAUAAGAAGAAUGCUGAGUGAGUGGGUGGUGAGUGGGUGGCCUGCUGGCGGGCGGGGGUAGUAUCUGGGCUUGUGGGUGUUGUUGUUGAGG